AUGCACAUCAGCAAGAGGGCUGAUAGUGACAUUCCUGGAUACGCACAUAUAUUUUACCCAGUCCUCAUCGUAUUACUAGUCCUGCUGUCUGGAUUGUUUGCCGGCCUUACCCUUGGGUAUUUCAGCUUGGAUCAAACGCAACUGAAUGUCUUGAGUGUUAGCGGUACACCUAGAGAUCAACGCAAAUACGCCAACCAGAUCAAGCCCAUUCGCGAAAACGGGCAUCUGCUUCUCGUCACACUUCUCCUCGCAAACAUGAUUGUUAACGAAACAUUGCCCAUCAUAGCCGAUCCAGUCCUCGGCGGAGGAGUUCAAUCCGUUGUUGUCAGCACGGUGCUCAUCGUCAUAUUUUCUGAAAUCAUCCCUCAGUCAUUGUUUACGAGACAUGGUCUAUAUCUCGGUGCUACAGGAGCCGGGCUAACCAGAGUGCUAAUAUGGGGACUAGGUAUCGUUGCCUGGCCGGUGGCCAAAUUACUGGACUGGAUCCUUGGCUCAAAUCAUGGUAUCAUAUACCGUCGAGUAGAGCUGAAGGAGCUUAUCGCAAUGCACUCCUCAACGUCGGCGCACGGGGGUGAUCUGAAGACUGACACAGUGGCCAUAAUCGGUGCCACACUAGAUUUACAGGAAAAGGUCGUCAGCCAGGCCAUGACUCCACUAUCAAAUGUCUUCAUGCUCUCAAUUGAUGCAGAACUCAACUUUGAUCUCCUGAAGAAAAUCGUCAACACCGGCCAUAGUCGUAUACCAGUAUAUGAAGAACUCGACAUUCCCGUCAGUGUAAAGACUGUCGAAGUAGGACAAUCGGGCCCAUCGAUUCAAAAGGUACAAAAGAUCAUUGGCAUCUUACUGGUGAAGCAAUGUGUCUUGUUAAAUCCAAAUGAUGCAAUACUUAUCCGCGAUAUGCAACUAAACAAGGUUCCAUUCAUCCCGCAAAAUGAGUCCUUGCUGGGUAUUCUUGAUAAGUUUCAAGAAGGUCGUUCCCAUAUGGCCAUCGUCAGUCGCUUUAGCGUUCAGAAAGCAAAAAGUGCCAAGAAAGCGGUGAAGCAAAGUCUGGCGAGGAGACUGAAAGAACGAGUCGGAAUAAACGCUAGUGAUAGUGACCACAGCUUGAAUGGUACUGAGACAGAUAUCGAAGAUGUGAAGAUUGAUGUUAUGCAUGCUCCGAGCCAGCAUGAAGUUUUCAAGAGCACCGCUUUACCACCAGCCGAACCUCAGACCAAUAUCAGUGAAGGCGAAAUCUUUAGCGUAAGGGAAGGAAGACCGAAACGCAAGGCGAUUAUCAACCGAGAUGACAUCGAACUGGAUAAAGUGGAAUCCGGAAUUGGAAAAAAUACAGGACCAGAUAUGUCAAAUUUGAUGACCAACAGUGGUUCGGACAAGACACCCCCCCAAAUUUGUUGCACUCUGCCAGCGUCGGAAAAUUUGGGCGCUUAUGCCAUGGCCGGAGGGAAAUUCGGACACAAGUCCCUCCCAAAAUUCUACUUUUGGUUCGGACAAAAUCCCUCAGGAUCAGGCAAAAAUUUCAUAUGGGAUCAUAGGGAACCCAUCGCUUACCUUUCAUACCAGUUGUCAGAAGAUUCAGACCCGGCAAUUAUGCCUCUUGGUAUCAUCACACUUGAGGACGUUUUAGAAGAGCUUAUCGGGGGAGAAAUAUACGACGAAUUCGAUGCGGGAGGAGCACACGGAGAACCUUAUAUUCAUCAAUGUUCAGGCCUUGCACCAAAUGUGCAGGUUUCCAAAAUUCCUCAAGGCCCCAUUCAAAAAACACUUGCUAAUGUCAAAAGCCUCAGCUUCUUCCGAUCCCGCAGUGUACCUCCUUCCCUACCCGACGAAAAGGAAACAUCCACUUUCACCGAAGCCACGAUUUCAAAAGCGGGAAUGGACAAUCUCAAUCAAGCUAAACAGGAUGGAAACCAGCGCAAUAAUGUGAUCAAAACAACCAAUAUUUCGGGUUCCCCUCUUGCAAUUGAGGCGCUUCUUUUGGACCGCAAACGACAUCUGGUCGCGGCCUCCACCUGGACAGCUGGCUCCAGCGGCAUGAAUCGUAUCGUCUCCAAAGGAAAAUUCAAGAGUGGGCCUAUCAAAAAGAGUUACAGUCACCCAACAGAGCUGAUUGGCACGGCUCCACUGGGGGCAUUUCCUUCUGUUGUCUACUCUCCUACUCGAUCGCAAAGUUGGAAGAAAAAGGUGGUCGAGGGACGACCUGAUGAUGAUCUAGACCUUACCCUCGUGAAGACGUUGACUGACCAUAGCAAUGAUGGGGUCCAAUCGCAAUUUUGA